AUGAAUUGGCGAACAAUUAUGGAUCGUUCAAACGAUAUCACCGGACCGGAGUGUGAAGAUAACAUCUGUCCAACAAAGUGUAUUACCUACCAAUAUCAUACAUCGAUUUCCUACGGUCAAGGAUUCUCAAAAAGCGCACUGAAUUGGUUCUAUCACAGAAACUCGAAUUGGACCGCUGAACGAGUCCAGAAGAACUUCGCAGUGCUGAAUGUCUUCUAUCGAGAAAUGUCCUACAUAUUCAACGAUCAGGUGCAGUCAACCACAUUGGUGCAUGUACUAAGUAAUAUUGGUGGUAAUAUGGGUAUGUUCUUUGGUGCGAGUGUUAUUACGAUAAUUGAAUUGGUGAUUUAUUUUGCGAAGAUGUUUUGGAUUGGUCUGUCCAGAAAACGGAGGGAGUAUAUGGCUGUUAAGAAGAAGAACGAAUUGGAUCGCGAGCAUCGACUCAGAGCCGUUCUCGAGACUGCUGCAGCCAACACCACAACACCACAAGUUAGUUGGUUGUGUGUGUGGGCAAAAUGA